AUGGCGCUGCUCGACGCUGCUCGACUCUCUGUCUCUACAACAGCUACAACCAAUUCAAAUCCACUCCUAGGAAUCAUUAUCAAACUUGAACAACUUCCUAUUACCACUACUACUACGUCAAUACUUUCCGCAUGUGCGGAUAGCCACAACUCUCCCACGCUUUCAACAGCACCAACCCUGAAUAGCUUUGAUGUUGGCUCAACUGUCUCCCCUCAAGUUAGCCAAGAUGCACCAGUUAUUCCUUUGUUGAUAAAAUCCUAUGAAACGCCCGAAUGUGCGACUAAACCCCGGGUUCAACAUGUGCAACCGCAAACCCUUAGCGUUCUCGGUAUGGUGUUAUGUGCAAUUGGAAGUAUAGCUUUUUUGGUCGGUGCGGCCUAUUUGUAUUACCUCAAGAUACAACAUGAUAAAGCAAUAUGGAUACGCCGAGAGCAAAGACGUAUGAAAAGAAGACGCCACAACAAUUCAAAGAAAACUGCUCGCUCAUUGCAGCCGGAUGUCGAGGCGUCACCUGUAGACUCAUCACUUGACGAAAAGCCGUCUGACUCCCAGUCAGCUGACGACGAGAGCCAAGACGAUAAAGAGCAACAAUCAGAUGAAGAACAAGUAGAUCAAGAGGAACCUCAGGAAGAGCAACCGGCAGAUGCAGAACAGGUAGGUAAUAAGGAACCUGAGGAAGAACAGUCGAUAAAUGAAGGGCAAGCAGAUCAAAAAGAAUCCGAGGAAGAUCAGCCGGUGAAUGAAGAGCAAGGGGAUCAAAAGGAACCUGAGGGAGAGCAGCCAGCAAAUGAAGAGCAAGCAGAUCAAAAGGAAUCCGAGGAAGAGCAGUUGGCGAAUGAAGAGCAAGUAGAACAAAGGGAACCUGAGGAAGAACAGCCAGCAAAUGAAGAGCAAGGGGAUCAAAAGGAACCUGAGGGAGAGCAGCCAGCAAAUGAAGAGCAAGCAGAUCAAAAGGAAUCCGAGGAAGAGCAGUUGGCGAAUGAAGAGCAAGUAGAACAAAGGGAACCUGAGGAAGAACAGCCUGCAAAUGAAGAGCAAGUAGAUCAAAAGGAACCUGAGGGAGAGCAGCCAGCAAAUGAAGAGCAAGUAGAUCAAAAGGAAUCCGAGGAAGAUAAACCGGCGAAUGAAGAGCAGGUAGGUGACAGCCAACCUCAAGAAGAGUCGCCUACAGAUGAGAAGGAACACGAGGGAGAGCAGUCUAAGGAAGAAGCAGCUGGUGAUAACUAG